GGUCAGCUGAUCAGCUUGUAGUAUUCAAGAUGCGAGCGUGGUUGGUGCUACUAUUGGCGGCAGUGGCUACUGCCCAGGUCCCCCAGGGACAUGCUGCCAAAGUCGUCUGCUACUGGGACGGCAAGUCGUUUUGGAGGGAAGGAGCUGCCAAGGUGACAGCUGAAGACAUCAAGCCCGCCCUGCAGUACUGCACACAUCUGAUCUACGGCUACGCUGGGAUCGACGAUGAUGACCUCGUGUUGAAACAUCUCGACGAGAAGCUUGUGCUUGACUCCGGCAAGGGUCAGUACAAGGCCGCGACAGGGCUGAAGACCUUCAAUGCUGGACUUAAAGUCCUUCUGUCCAUCGGAGGCUUUGGAGACACUGAUGACUUGGAGAAGUACCUGGAAGUGUUGGAAGACAUUGAGAAGAGAACCAAGUUUGUCAACUCUGUUCACGCUACACUGAACCAGUUCAACUUCGACGGAGUAGACCUCGCUUGGAGAUUCCCAGAAGUCAAGGAAAAGAAGGACAGAAACAUUCUCAGUUCGGCUUGGCAUGGUCUGAAGAAGGCUGUUGGAGUUGGUGUGGACGACAAGUGGGCGGAACACAGAGAUCAGUUUGUCAACCUCGUCCGGGAGCUUAAGGGAGCUCUUCGCACCGACGGAAAGCUUCUGUCUCUCGGAGUUUUGCCCCAUGUGAAUGCCAGUGCCUACUUCGAUGCCCGCAAUCUCUGCCCGCAGUUGGACAUGUUGAAUCUGUGGACGUUCGACUUCCGCACACCGAAGAGAAGCAAGCCUCAGGCUGACUACUCCGCCCCUCUGUACUACAUGUACGACAGAAACCAACACCAGAACGCAGACGCCCACGUCAAGUGGUGGAUGGAGAACGGAUGUGACGCUUCAAAGAUCAACCUCGGAAUCCCCACUUUUGGCCGCUCAUGGAAGCUGACAACAGACAGCCCAAGCUCCGGUGUUCCGCCAAUCCUCGCUGAUGGUGCUGGUGACGAAGGAACGUACUCUAAGAUCAAGGGAACCCUGGGCUACUACGAGACCUGCACCAGAGUCGUCAGUCCCACAAACUCUAAGGCUCCCGCAACACUGCUGCGCCGUAUGACAGACCCCACUAAGAGACUCGGCACAUACGCCUACAGGCUGCCCCAGAAGGAUAAGGGUGAGGAGGAAGGAUUCUGGUUGUCUUACGAGGAGCCCGAGACUGCAGCCUAUAAGUCAGCCUACGCCAAAGCCAAGGGACUAGGAGGAGUUGUGCUUGUAGACCUGUCCCUGGAUGAUGCCAGAGGUGCCUGCGAUGGUACAAAGUUCCCCAUUCUGCGCAGCGCCAAAUCAAACCUCUAACUGAACACUUUUUCUAAUUGACAAAUGUUUCCCAAAUAGAUUGUAGUUUUGUA